AUCUUAUAGUUUCAUGGAACAUACAGUCUUUGAAGAAAUGGUCAGAUGCUCAACUACAGAAUUAGAAUUCUUAUCAGUGUGUGGAGACAUGAGGGUGUAAACCUAGACUGGGGGAUUAGGGACACAGUCCUAGGAAUGAGGAAAAUCAGAUGACUUGGACGAAAAGAGAGAUCAAGGUGGUAAGAAGGUACCCAGCAAAGGGCUAACGAUGGAGUUAAGGGUGGAGAGGUAGAUGGGGGACAGAACUUGUAGAGCCUUGUAGGCUGUACUGUGAUUUUGUUCUUCAUCCUAAGGGCUUUUGGAAACUUUGAAGAGUGUCAAGAUGAAAUUGAUUUGUAUUUUACACAGACAACGUUAGUGUAGAGGGUGAAGGAGCGCUGCAGGGAGAAUGGAUGGUGGAGGGGGUAGAAGGCAAGUAUCACAGGAAGCAGAAGCCGCAGCUCUCCAAUGAGGUGGUUAAAGUCACUGGUGGCCACUUUGUUGUGGGGGAAACUGAGAAUGUCAGGGAGGGAUGUUUCCCCGAGAAGCCAUGUUAAUGUUUUGCCUGGUUCUUUUUAGUUGUGGUCUAGGCCAGGGGCCUGUGAUGAUUUUGCUUAGUUAAAUUAGACGGAUGGUUUGCUUUUGUCCUGUAGUUGAGCAGGAGUGAGUUUUUUUGUUUUUGCUUUGUUUUUUUUCUGUUUUGCCAGCUUCAUGUAAUCUUGACUUUUUUUCAACUCCCAGAGGAAUUUCAAAGGGUCUAAUUUCACUAAUUAUACACUUCCUCUCUACAGCCUGCCAGCACUUUUUCCAUUUUUAAAUUACGGUGGUGCUGUGUAUUUUAUCUGUAUGAUAUCAAGGUCUCAAUAAAUUGUUAUGCUAUGGUAAGGCUUGCUGGUUAUCUGGUUUAUGUUCUCUUUCUUUGGACUUUGUCUAGCACUUAGGAUUUUCAGUGUAAGCUACCAUAAAUCUUGGAACUAACCCUUUGCCUGGUAACCUUUUUUAAAAUUUUUUUUUUAAUUUUUAAAGAUUUUUUGGCCGCACUGCAUGGCAUGCAAGAUCUUAGCUCCUUGACCAGGGAUCGAACCCAUGUCCCCUGCAGUGGAAGCAUGGAGUCUUAAUGGCUGGACUGCCAGGGAAGUCCCGCCUGAUAACAUUUUUGAUAAGUGAUCAUAGAUAAAACAAGUUUCUCAGGCUAAAGAAAAAAAGAAAUUAGUAGAGUCCCUUAUAAUUCAGUUGAUGCUGGCUUGAUGAAAGAUUAUAAGCAUUCCUUAAAGUUUUUGUUUAAAUCUUAGAUAUGUUGCUAUGUGUCUAAAUACAUAGGUAAUUCUUAAUGUUCUUUUAGCAGCAUUUUUUUCAGUCUCAUGAAUUUAAGUGACAUUUGAGUUUUAGAAGUUUGAAAUCCACAGAAGCAAUUAGUAACUCUUGAUUCAUGAUUUACUAGAUAAAUAGAUUCAAUCUGGUCAUUUUAUUCUCAGAUGAUUAGAAUUCUGAUGAAAGGAGGGCUGGAGAAUCAAUGCAUGCAAAGUAGCCAAAUAGAUUAAAAGAGUAAUUCGCUUAUUGAUUAAAAUUUAGCAGUAGAUAGCAAGCAUCUCUCUGAACCCACUCCUAAGAUUAAAGAGAAAAUUAGAAUGAAGCGCAGCUAUUUUUAAAGAAACCAGUCAUAUCAGUCAUUCUCACCAAGGUUUUAGUUCUUGUGUUUUGAGAAAAUGAAGAGGCAGGCAAAAUAUUUUAUUACCUACUGAAUUUUAUAAAAUCCUUAAAGAAUAAGUGAGAAGAGUGUUGAAAAAGUUGGCUUUUUUUUUCUCUUUAACUUUGCUACGUUACUUGUGAACUUUUUCCCUUGACUUAGAAAAGGCCACCUUUAUAUCUGGGAAGAAAUCCCACAUUGUCAUUCUUUUACUCCCACUUGUGGUGCUCUACUGGCACAUCUCUGUGUUCUUUUGGUGACAACUUUUUAGGUCAUUUGCAGAGUAUCCCGCAUGGUCUUUGGGGUUCUGUCAUGCCUUUCAGGCUGAUCAUAUGGUAUUAACGUAUAUGGUAAUGUACUUUUCUCUUUCUUUUUCUUUUUUUAAAAAUUUUAUGUAUUUUUGGCUGCGUUGGUUCUUCAUUGCUGCACGUGGGCUUUUCUCUAGUUGUGGCGAGUGGGGGCUACUCGUCGUUUCAUUGUGUGGGCUUCUCACUGCGGUGGCUUCUCUUAUUGUGGAGCACAGGCUCUAGGUGAGUGAGCUUCAGUAGUUGUGGCUCGUGGGCUCUAGAGCUCAGGCUCAGUAGUUGUGGCACACGGGCUUCAGUAGUUGUGGCUCGUGGGCUCUAGAGCUCAGGCUCAGUAGUUGUGGCACAUGGGCUUCAGUAAUUGUGGCUCGUGGGCUCUAGAGCGCAGGCUCAGUAGUUGUGGCACACGGGCUUAGUUGCACCGCGGCAGGUGGGAUCUUCCUGGACCAGGGCUCGAACCCGUGUCCCCUGCAGUGGCAGGCAGAGUCUUAACCACUACGCCACCAGGGAAGUCCCUAUGGUAAUGUACUUUUCUAGUGUACACUAAUUUUUAAUAAUUACCUAUACUAACUAAUUGAAAAAUAGACAUUAUUGCAUUUCUCAUCAGGGUAAUUUCAUUUUUCCAAUGAAGUUUUGCAGUGUUUUUUUUUUUGCUGUAUGCGGGCCGCUCAUCACUGCGGCCCCUUCUGCCGUGGAGCACAGGCUCUGGACGCGCGGGCCCAGCGGCCGUGGCCCACGGGCCCAGCCGCUUCGCGGCACGCGGGAUCCUCCCGGACCGGGGCAUGAACCCGCGCCCCCUGCAUCGGCAGGCAGACCCCCAACCACUGCGCCACCAGGGAAGCCCCUUGCAGUGGUUUUAUGGCUGGUGGGGUAGCAGGUGUCUGUGUUGACUUGAUAUUAUUUCCUCUGGAUACCAUUAAAACCAGGCUGCAGAGCCCCCAAGGAUUUAAUAAGGCUGGUGGUUUUCGUGGAAUAUAUGCUGGCGUUCCUUCUGCUGCUAUUGGAUCCUUUCCUAAUGCUGCCGCCUUUUUCAUCACCUAUGAAUAUGUGAAAUGGUUUUUGCACACUGAUUCAUCUUCGUAUUUGAUGCCUGUGAAGCAUAUGUUGGCUGCCUCUGCUGGAGAAGUGGUUGCUUGCCUGAUUCGAGUUCCUUCUGAAGUAGUUAAGCAGAGGGCACAGGUAUCUGCUUCUUCAGGAACAUUUCACAUUUUCUCUAACAUCUUAUGUCAAGAGGGCAUCCAAGGAUUAUAUCGAGGCUACAAAAGCACUGUUUUAAGAGAGAUUCCUUUCUCAUUGGUCCAGUUUCCCCUGUGGGAGUCCUUAAAAGCCCUCUGGUCCUGGAGGCAGGAUCAUGUGGUGGAUUCUUGGCAGUCAGCAGUCUGUGGAGCAUUUGCAGGUGGAUUUGCAGCUGCAGUCACCACGCCUCUGGACGUGGCAAAAACCAGAAUCAUGUUGGCAAAGGCCGGCUCCAGCCCUGCAAGUGGGAACGUCCUCUCUGCCCUGCAUGGUGUCUGGCGGACACGGGGGCUGUCGGGAUUAUUUGCAGGUGUCUUCCCUCGAAUGGCAGCCAUCAGUCUGGGAGGUUUCAUCUUUCUUGGUGCUUAUGACCAGACGCGCAGCUUUCUGUUGGAACUUGGCAGAGAGAGUCCAUGAAUCACAGACAGCCCCUGCCUUCAAGAAAGGGUCCUGCUGUGAGAACUGUUUCCCCUCCGGUGAGCAGCUGUUUGGCCAUCUAAACAACAAAACGCAGCGCUCAAGUCCAGUUCUGCUCAGAUUACGACAUGGAGAACGCAUCUUCCGUGCUGCAGGCUGGCCGGGAUGACGUCAUCGGCCUGGUUCCCAGAGUUCAGAGAGAAAAUGAUGUCCACAGCGGUACUUUGAACAGUUUUCUCAGAACCCCUUAAUAAACAAGUGUGGCAACGCUGA